CAAGUCAAAGAAAGAUACACGAGGAAGAUAAAUUCGAGGAACAGCUCCAAAAAGUUUCCUAAUUCAGAAGGAAUCAUUCCAGUAACCCCUGCAUUCGGCAUGAUGAGAUAUACAAGAUUCCUUAGCUUCCCGAUGCUCGAGGGAAUCUCCCCUUCGAACUCGUUAUGUGCCAAGUUCAAUGUGAUCAAGCUACGCAUUUCGGAUAUUUCUUCAGGUAAUGCCCCGGUCAACAUGUUUUGCGCAAGAUCAAGAGUCACAAGCUCCGUCAAGUUCCCAAUUUGUGGGAAUAUCGUCCCGGAAAGAUUGUUCUCGCGAGCCCUGACAUACCGGAGUUUUGUCAGAUUCCCCAUACUGGAAGGCAAGUUACCAGAGAACUCACUGAUUGUGGAUGGCAGAUUGCCCAAGAACUCAUUCUCGUCCAGCAAAACCACUCUCAGCCUUCGCAGGCGUGACAAAUUGAGAGGAAGUGGUCCCUUCAACCUGUUUUUCGUCAAGUCAAGAACUUCAAGAUUCUCUAAGCUCCAAAAGCUUGGAGACACAGUUCCAUUGAAGUUACAAUGGCUGAAGUUCAGGUGUCUCAUGGACCUGAACUGUACAAUGAAUUCGGGAAAUGGAAGAAGACUCUGAGGUUGUUGUUGUGUACAUGGAAUAUCAAUUUUGACAACUCUCUCGGAUUCACAAGUGAUCCCGGACCAAUUACAGGGAGAUAUAUUUGUGUCGAACCAAUUCACAGAGAAAGUGUCUUUCGUCGUAAUAAGAGAAUUUCGCAGAGCUUUCAAUGAAUCAAUGUCAUUUGCAGAU